AUGAAACUCCCUUUAAAACUUGACCUCUUUUCUCCUUUCCUCAUUUCUCGUUCGUGCUUUUCAUUACAUUCCCCAGCCGCCUCUCUGCCUUUUCGUUUAUUUGUAAAAGGAUUUGUUUCUCUGAUUCAGAAUGGGUAAGGAAAAGGUUCACAUUAACAUCGUGGUCAUCGGCCAUGUCGACUCGGGUAAGUCAACCACCACUGGACACUUGAUCUACAAGCUUGGUGGAAUCGACAAGCGUGUGAUCGAGAGGUUCGAGAAAGAAGCUGCUGAGAUGAACAAGAGGUCAUUCAAGUAUGCUUGGGUGCUUGACAAGCUCAAGGCCGAGCGUGAACGUGGUAUCACCAUUGAUAUCGCCUUGUGGAAGUUCGAGACUACUAAAUACUACUGCACUGUGAUUGAUGCACCUGGCCACCGUGACUUUAUCAAGAACAUGAUUACUGGUACCUCGCAGGCUGAUUGUGCUGUUUUGAUUAUCGAUUCCACCACUGGUGGUUUCGAGGCUGGUAUUUCCAAGGACGGUCAGACUCGUGAGCAUGCUUUGCUUGCCUUCACCCUUGGUGUCAAGCAAAUGAUUUGCUGUUGCAACAAGAUGGAUGCCACUACCCCCAAAUACUCCAAGGCUAGGUAUGAUGAAAUCGUGAAGGAAGUCUCUUCCUACUUGAAGAAGGUGGGUUACAACCCGGAGAAGAUUCCAUUUGUUCCUAUUUCUGGUUUUGAGGGUGACAACAUGAUUGAGAGGUCUACCAACUUGGACUGGUACAAGGGCCCUACUCUUCUUGAGGCUCUUGACCAGAUCAAUGAGCCCAAGAGACCUACAGACAAGCCCCUUCGACUCCCUCUUCAGGACGUGUACAAGAUUGGUGGUAUUGGAACUGUCCCAGUAGGUCGGGUUGAAACCGGUGUCUUGAAGCCUGGUAUGGUUGUGACCUUUGGUCCCUCUGGUCUGACCACUGAAGUUAAGUCUGUUGAGAUGCAUCAUGAAGCUCUUCAGGAGGCUCUUCCUGGUGAUAAUGUUGGCUUCAAUGUUAAGAAUGUUGCUGUUAAGGAUCUCAAGCGUGGCUACGUUGCUUCUAACUCCAAAGAUGAUCCUGCCAAGGAGGCUGCUAACUUCACCUCUCAGGUCAUCAUCAUGAACCACCCAGGCCAGAUCGGAAAUGGAUAUGCCCCUGUCCUUGACUGUCACACAUCCCACAUUGCUGUCAAGUUUGCUGAGCUACUGACCAAGAUUGAUAGGCGAUCUGGCAAGGAGCUUGAGAAGGAACCCAAGUUCUUGAAGAAUGGUGAUGCUGGUUUUGUGAAGAUGAUUCCCACCAAGCCCAUGGUUGUGGAGACCUUCUCUGAGUACCCACCUUUGGGGCGUUUUGCUGUGAGGGACAUGCGCCAGACUGUUGCUGUUGGUGUUAUUAAGAGUGUCGAGAAGAAGGACCCAUCUGGUGCCAAAGUCACCAAGUCUGCAGCAAAGAAGGGUGGAAAGUGAACAAUGCAACAGCUCUAUGGUUUUACCGUUUGUGCAGAUGGACUAUUCAAUUGUGGUGGUUGUUAUUUGUAGCUUCUUGCCUUCUCAUUUUGAGUAGCAAUUCUCAGAAUUUGGUGCUUGAUAGGCGGUGGCAGUCAUUGUAGCUUUUUCGUUUUACCUGUUUUGUGGAGUAUUUAAAGUGGAGGUGCAUUGGUUUGCCAAGGCAUCUUAGAAUUUUGUGUCUGAUUUUGCUAAACUAUCUUCUGCUACAUUUUCUCUGUUUCUGUUCCUAUAAUUAUAAUCAUGUUCAAUUUUUGCUUUAAUUGCCUUGAUAUAAACAGGGUCUUAUCUUUUUCUA